AUGACCUCAGAUGGACAUCGCCACCGCUUCCGGCUGUUCCACUACCAUGAGGCUGAAGGGCCCCGAGAGAUACGGGAAUCAUCUGUAAAUAUGGAAGGUACAAUUCCUGAUGUGGAAAGCGCUUCCUUGGAGCAAGGUCAGAGAGCGCAGGCUGUGGAGCAUGCCCACGAUGACCUCUCCUGUGGAACAGGCAGUGAAGAGACGCUGUUGAGCCGUCAUCUUUUCAGAGGUGUGGAAGCAGCUGCUGCCCCUCCAGUCCAGGUGUGGGGACCCUCUGUGAAGAUGGAAGCUGUGAUCCCUGAGGUGGGAAGAGCUUCCUUGGAGCAAGUACAGAAGGUGCAAGCUGUGGAGCGUGCCCAAGAUGCCCUCUUCUGUGGUGUCUGGGUGAGAGAUGCUCUGAACGCCAUUCCCUUUACCCAUACCAAGCCAUACACCCUGUACUCUCCCAGACAACUCCUGUCCAGCACGCAAUCUCUGCCUGGGGUGAUCUCUGAUGAGAGAACCUGCUUCUUCUUUCAGUGUCCCUUUCCCUUUGAGGAGGUAUCCGUCUCUUUCACUGAGGCAGAGUGGGCCCUGCUGGAUCCAGGACAAAGAGAUCUGUACAGGGAAGUUAUGCUGGAGAACUACGGGAAUGUGGCCUUUCUGGAAGCCAGAGACACAAGAAAGACUUUGACGGAGACAAACGACAACCUCACAUCGAAAGAAAGGCUGGAGAGUUCUUCAAGCGGAUUUCAAGAGCAUAUUUCCUUCCAAAAUAAGCUGGCUGAGACAGAGAACGAUCAGGGAAAUGAGGAGGAUGAGGAAUUUAAUGAGCAAAUGCCAGAUCGAGUUAAAAAUGACGACUUGAAAGAAAAUGUCAGUAAUCAAGGCAGAUCUAAGAGAAAGAAAGGUGGCCCUAUGGUUGAGAAGCGCGAUGGAAGACAGCAUAAUGUACAUUUUCCAAAGCACAGGAUAAUGAAGGCAAUUAAAUCUACUCAGAGUGGAAAGUUCUUCAGAAAUAGAUCAGAGGUCCUUGUGCACCAAAGAACACACAGUGGCGCAAAACCUUUUGCACUCUCAGAGUGCGGAAAGGGCUUCAGUGAGAUGGGGAAUCUUCAAAAGCAACAGAGAACCCACACAAGGGAGGAGCCUUUUGAAUUUUCAGAGUGUGGAAAGAGAUUCAGUCACAGUGGCAUUCUUCAGCAGAAUCUAAGAACCCACACACGGGAAAAAUCUUCUGAAUGCUCACAGUGUGGAAAGAAAUUCAGUAGCAGUGGCAAUCUCCAAGUGCAUCAGAGAACCCACACAGGAGAGAAGCCUUUUGAAUGUUCCAGUUGUGGAAAGAGAUUUAGCCAGAGCAGCCAUCUUCAAGUGCAUCAAAGAACCCACACAGGGGAGAAACCUUUUGACUGCUUAGAAUGUGGAAAGUCAUUCAGUAGCACUGGCAACCUUCAAGUGCAUCAGAGAACCCACACAGGGGAGAAACCUUUUGAAUGCUCACAGUGUGGAAGGAAAUUCAGAAAGAGUGGCCAUCUUCAAGUACAUCAAAGAACUCACACUGGGGAGAAACCAUUUGACUGCUCAGAGUGUGGAAAGACAUUCAGUAACAAUGGACAUCUUCAGCGGCAUCAGAGAAUCCACACAGGGGAGAAACCUUUUGAAUGCUCAGAGUGUGGAAAGAAAUUCAGUCAGAGUAGCCAUCUUCAAGCACAUCAAAGGACCCACACAGUGGGGAAACCUUUUGAAUACUUGGAGCGUGGAAAGAAAUUCAGUCUCAGCGGCCAUGAUCAACUUCAUCAGAGAACCCACGCAGAAGAGAAACCUUUUGAAUGCUCAGAGUGUGGAAAGUCAUUCAGUAGCCGUGGCAAUCUUCAAGUGCAUCAAAGAACCCACUCAGGGGAGAAACCUUUUGAAUGCUCAGAGUGUGGAAAGAGAUUCACUGAGAGUGGCCAUCUUCUGCAGCAUCCAAGAACCCACACAAAGGAGAAACCUUUUGAAUGCUCCGAAUGUGAAAAGACAUUCUGUAACAGUGAUCAUCUUCAGCGGCAUCAGAGAAGCCACAAAGGGCAAAAACUUUUUGAAUGCUCAGAGUGUGGAAAGAGAUUCACUGACCGUGGUCAUUUUCAGCUGCAUCAAAGAACCCACACAGGGGAGAAACAUUUUGAAUGCUCUGAAUGUGGAAAGAAGUUUAUUCAGAGCUGCCACCUUCAAGUGCAUCAGAGAACCCACACAGCGAAGAAACCCUUUGAAUCCUCUGAGUGUGAAAAGAGAUUCACGGAAAGUGGCAAUAUUCCACUUCAGCGAAGAACCCAUACAGGGGAGAAACCUUUUGACUGCUCAGAGUGUGGAAAGGCAUUCAGUAGCAGUGGCAGUCUUCGACUGCAUCAAAGAACCCACACAGGGGAGAAACCUUUUGAAUGCUCAGAGUGUGGAAAGCGGUUUAGUCAAAGUAGCCAUCUUCAAGUGCAUCAAAGAACCCACACAGGGGAGAAACCUUUUGAAUGCUCGGAGUGUGGAAAGAGAUUCAGUGAGAGUGGCAAUCUUCAACGGCAUCAGAGAACCCACACAGGAGAGAAACCUUUUGGAUGUUCAGAGUGUGGAAAGAGAUUCAGUCUGAGUUACCAUCUUCAACUUCAUCAGAGAAUCCACACUGGAGAAAAACCUUUUGAAUGCUCAGAGUGUGGAAAGAGAUUCAGUAAGAGUAGCAAUCUCAAACUGCAUCAAAGAACCCACACAGGGGAGAAACCUUUUGAAUGUUCUAGGUGUGGAAAGAGAUUCAGUCAGAGUGGCCAUCUUCAUCUGCAUCAGAGAACACAUGUGGGUUACACAGGCUCAGACUGUGGAAAGAGAUUCUGUUGGGGUAGCAUUGUUCAAAGUGAUCAAGGAACCCACAUAGAGGAGAAACCUUUUGAAUACUUGUAGCUUGGAAAGCGAUCCUGUCAGUGUGUCACUCUUCUUCUGCAUUGGGUAAGCCACACAAGGAGAAACCAUGUAACUGCUUAGUCCAUGAAAGGAAGCUUUUCUCCUUUUUCAAACCUAAGACAACCACAGAGCAUACAAUGCAUUGAAAGAUGUAAACUGUUGCAGAAAGCUUGAAUGUACACAGAAUCCUUACCCUAACUAGGAAGAAACUUUAUAAAUGCUUGGACUGUGGAAAGAGCUAUAGCAAGGGUGGCUGAACUGUGACUCGGGAGCCACGUGUGGCUCUUUCACAUCUAUUGCGUGGCUCUUGAAGCCCCUACCAUGCUAUUAGCCAGCUUGAAGAAGGCAUAUGAAUCUUUAAAUCACUUAUCCAAGCCGAUCUAGACAGCACCUGGGAGAACACAUUAAAAGUUAAAGUUCCUUUCUUU